ACCUUAUUGGACUCCAUAAUCCUUGUAGCCAAGUAUUAAAUUUUGAGUAGUUUCAGAAAACAGAACAACAUGGAAGAUCGGUGUUUGAUCAAGAACGAUGUCACUGAAUUGAUUGGUAACACACCAAUGGUGUAUCUGAACAAUGUUGUUGAUGGUUGCGUGGCUCGUAUCGCUGCCAAGCUUGAGAUGAUGGAGCCUUGCUCUAGCGUCAAAGACAGAAUCGCGUAUAGUAUGAUCAAAGAUGCAGAAGAGAAAGGAUUGAUUACUCCCGGAAAGAGUACAUUGAUUGAGCCAACGGCUGGUAACACCGGGAUUGGUUUAGCCUGUGUCGGAGCUGCAAGAGGCUAUAAAGUGAUCCUUGUGAUGCCUUCAACUAUGAGUUUAGAGAGAAGAAUCAUCCUUAAGGCAUUAGGUGCAGAGCUUCAUCUCUCAGACAUACGCAUAGGCCUUAAAGGAAUGUUGGAGAAAACCGAAGCGAUAUUAAGCAAAACUCCUGGUGGUUACAUUCCACAGCAGUUUGAAAAUCCUGCAAACCCCGAGAUUCAUUACCAAACCACGGGACCGGAAAUAUGGAGAGAUUCAGCUGGGAAAGUUGAUAUAUUGGUUGCUGGUGUAGGGACUGGUGGAACAGCUACUGGAGUAGGGAAGUUCCUCAAGGAGAAGAAUAAAGAUAUUAAGGUUUGUGUUGUGGAACCAGUAGAAAGUCCGGUACUGAGCGGAGGUCAACCAGGUCCACAUUUGAUCCAGGGAAUUGGCUCUGGUAUCGUCCCAUUCAAUUUGGACUUAACCAUUGUUGAUGAAAUUAUUAAAGUGACAGGUGAAGAAGCUAUUGAAACAGCCAAGCUUCUUGCCCUCAAAGAAGGAUUAUUGGUGGGAAUAUCCUCUGGAGCCGCAGCAGCGGCUGCGUUAAAGGUUGCAAAGCGGCCAGAAAACACAGGAAAACUCAUUGCGGUGGUUUUUCCCAGUGGGGGAGAACGUUAUUUAUCGACUAAAUUGUUCGAUUCGGUUAGAUAUGAAGCAGAGAAUUUGCCUAUUGAGUAUUGAAUGAAUUGGAUUAUGGGGGACGUAUGAUUCGGUUUGGUUUGGUAAGAGAUGUUAGUACCAAGAUUACAGUUUGAUUAUUACUGAUCACUGUAAAAUCUAGAUAAUUUACAUAUUCGAUGAUGAAUAAUUAUAAUUUUUGGUUUUACAUUAACUAUUUGUAUAUUUCUACUACAAUCCCCGGUAUAAAACAUGAACUUAAAU